GUUUGCCGAGAUUUUUAAUUGCAGCGCCGACCUGCACCAGCCGCUGGAGUGUCGAUACGCAGCAAUCACGCCCUGACCGCAGCGCUGCCGCGAUGGCGGCCUACGAGCGCCAAGGCGGCUUCGACGGCUACGCGGCGAGAGCCUCGCGCGGCUACGCCGCGCGGGAAGGUCUCUACAGCGCCAAGGGCUACAAAGCCGACAAGCCGAAGGACGACGGCUGGCGCCUCAGUGAUAGGUUGUACGAGCUGAGCCUCGACGCCGAAGCGCGGGAGGCCCGCCAGAAGCGCAGCGAGGACGAGCUCAAGGGCCAGCUCGGCGACGCGGCGCGGGAAAUCGCCCGGCUGAAGGCCGCGCUCGACACCGAACAGCGGAGAACCCGCGAAGCGAAGGACGAGGCGCGACUCUUGAAAGAUCAAACGCGAGAUGCCCGAGACGACUUCGUCAAGGAACUUGUUGCAUUAAGGCACGAGGUUUCUCUCUUAAAAAAGACGGGUCAAAAAUCGCUGCGGGAGGACGACGUCGUCGCGCUGGCACAGCGAGGCGACGUCGUCGCAUUGAGGAGGGCGCUGCAGCCGGAGCCGCGCGCGACGCAUUAUGCUAGAUUGUUACUGAGUUGCCUGCGCGAGGCGUGUAAGAACGGCCACGACGCUGCCGCCGGGCUGCUGAUACGACGAGGGGCGCUCCAGGACGACCUCAGAAGUACAGAGGGCACACCGUUACACGACGCGGCGCGAGGCGGCUCGGCGCCCUGUCUUGAAUUAAUACUGGAGUCGGACCUCACGGCGCCCCAGGCGGGCGUGCCCGACCUGCUCGACGCGGCCGAUGCUUCGGGAAACACGGCGCUCAUGGUCGCCGCGUCUUUAGGGAAUGCGGAGGCCGCGACCUCUUUACUAAGGGCGGGCGCCGACGCCGACCUGUACAAUGGCGAAAGCACGGCCUCCACAUUAGCCAAAGGCGCCGCGUGUCAAAGCUUCUCAUCACCAGCAGAACGCUUCUGGAACGCGUCCGCCGCGGGCAACCGAGCCUGGCGGCGGCGCGACUUCUCGAGCGCGAGACGGCACUUUGCGGCGGCUUUACAAGGUGCGGGAUCGGUGGAAGACGGCGAGGCCGCGCCGUCCGAGAUCGACCUCGCUCGCUUGGAACUCAACUGCGCCAAGGCCUCUUUGCGAUUAAAGGACGCCACCGCGGCGAGCGACCACGCGAGAAAAGCGCUCCAGCGCCACGCCGCCGCGUCCAAUAAUUCGGUAUAUGCGAACGCCGCCGCGGUCCUGGGCGAGUGCCUCGAGCUUUUGUAUGACUUCGAGGGUGCCUCUCGUAGUUUCGACGACGCAUCGAGGGAAGCGCGCGACGAGCGUGCGACGCAGUGGCGGGCCCGCGCGUCGUUUGCGCGCGACUGCCACGAGGCGACGCAUUAUGCCGUGCUGGCGCUACCGUCCACAGCCGACGACGACGCCGUGAGGAAGGCCUACCGGACGGCUUCUUUGAAGUGGCAUCCCGAUCGCACGGCCAAAAACGAUCCCGACGCCGCGAAGCGCGCGGAAAAGCACUUCCGGCGCGUCAACGAGGCCAAGGAGAUUUUGUUGGACGGCUACAAGCGCGCGAUGUACGACGUCGAGGUCAGACGGCGCGUGUCGACCGAGCGCGGCAAGGCCUGGCCCUGGCUCAAUGCCCCGCCACCUCGCAAGAAUACGAGCGAGCCGGCGACGCGCUCGACGGUCGCGUACGUCGACGAGAACGCGCCGCCGACGCCCCAGAAGGCGCCUCCUCCCAUGCCGGCGCCGACGCCUCCAUCAGAGCCGCCGCCCCCAUCGCCCGAGCCGGCGCCCAAGCAGCCCGCACCACCUGAGGAGGACGACGCCUGGCCGCCGCCUCCCACAACCUCGACGGACGCCUGGACGCCGCCGGCGACGAACGACGACGACGCCGCUGAAACGUGGAGCCCGCGCUCCGACGACGACGGCUGGACGGAGGCGGAGGAGGAGGCCGUGGUCGACGGCCACCGCCUCCACGGCGGCGACUGGGUCUCGAUCCAAGCGAAGUUUCCCGCGCUCGCCCAGAGGACGGUCGAUGAGUUGCGAGACAAGUACGAGGAGCUGAGGAAAAGGGCGGAAGGUUCUGAUGACGACGAGGACGACGUGGGCGGCUUCGUGCGCGUGGCGGAGGACCACACUUUUUUCGCGCCGCGCGACGAGGACGAGGAUGAGGGCGUCGAGGACGACUCGGAAGGGGAAGAGGACGACGUGAACUUCUUCGCGCCGCGGGACGACGACGAACCGCAAAGCGCGGCCGACGACCUCGUGGCCCAGUUACGGGACGCCGCGGACUGGUUCGACCGGCUGGACGAGGCGAAGGAGGGCGAGCUCUCGAUGAAUCAUUUUGAUGAGUUGUGCGAGAAGCUUGGAUUAAGGGACGUGCUCGGUCAGGCGGAGAUGGACCGGCAGCGGUUCUUCGCGGACCCGGGCGGCCACGGCGUCUUGCGGCGGGGGACGUUUCUCGGGUGGUUCGCGGCAUUAUUGGAGGGGGAGGGCGAGCCGCUCCAGGCCGCCGAGGAUAACUAG